AUGUCUUGGACGCCACCAGAUUUAUCGGAAGUAUGUCGCGUUCAUACAACAGUUACGACGUGUGCACCCUCCAGUUUGAUUUUUCUCAAUUUAGUAGUUAGCCUAUUUGGAAAGUCACGUGACUCGUCCACGAAAAGUGAUAAUUAUUACGAAUUUUCGCGAUUUAUUUUCGACAGCGAUUUUGGCAGCGAAUACCAUGAAACGCCAGAAAAGUUGGAAAAGAGAAGGAAAGAUAAGGAAUACGAUUUUAUAGUGGUCGGUGCUGGAAGUGCUGGAUGUGUUGUUGCGAACCGUUUAUCAGAAGUGCCGGAAUGGCGAGUUUUGCUCUUAGAAGCAGGCAGUGAAGAACCGGAAGUAGCAGAGGUUCCAUCUUUCGCGCCACUACUUCAAAGAUCGAGUAUCGAUUGGGCUUAUCUCACCCAGCCAUCACCGCACAGUUGCCUGGCCCGACCGCAAGGACAAUGUUAUUGGGCUCGCGGAAAGGUAAUGGGAGGUUCAUCAACGAUCAACUACAUGAUCUACAUACGUGGCCAUCCCGAGGACUACGACGAGUGGGAGGCCAUGGGCAACCACGGAUGGAGCUACCGAGAUGUCUUGCCUUACUUCCUCAAAUCCGAGCAUAACAAAAACAAGGGUCACGUGGACCUGUUUUACCACGGAACUAAGGGCUAUCAAAGCGUGGAGGUGUUUCCAUAUCAAGAUGAGAAUGUGAUUCACAUCAUUGAUGCGUUUAAAGAGUUGGGGUUGGAUGAAGUAGACCAAAAUUCCGAGGAUGUAAUCGGGGUCUCCCUGGUUCAAGCCACUGUAAAGGAUGGGGAAAGACACAGUACUAAUGGUGCAUUUAUACGACCAAUCCGAAAAAAACGAGAGAAUCUCGUCGUCACCACUAAUGCGCAUGUGGCCCGAGUGCUUAUAGAUCAUAAAACUAAAAAAGCUUUCGGUGUUGAAUACUACUCCAAUGGAUAUGUGCAAAGAGCGUUUGCCAAAAAGGAAGUUAUACUCUCAGCAGGAGCGAUUAAUAGCCCCAAGAUUCUUAUGCUUAGCGGAAUUGGGCCUUCGGCUCGUCUACUUCGUCAUAAAAUUGAAAUUAUUCAAGACCUACCAGUUGGAGAAAAUUUACAGGAUCACACCACGAUAGAUGGCGUAGCAUUUGCGCUUACAAAUCACAGUGCCACGAUAGUGGACGAUAAAAAGAUGACUUCUGAUGUCUACUACUAUAAAAAGACGCGGAGAGGCUCAUUAUCUGGAACAGGGCCACUGCAAAUAAGCGCUAUGGUACAAACUAAAUAUGAAAAAAGUUCCAAUAAGCCCGACAUACAGUAUUCCUUCGACGCAACUAACAUCAAAAACUUUUUUAGCGACCCCAUUUUAACUGCACAAACAAAUGUAGUUCCUUUGGCCUAUUACGAUGGGUUAAUGGUACGUCCUAUAUUGUUAUCGCCACAAAGUCGCGGAUACAUUGAGCUCAACAGUACGGAUCCAAUAUUCGGCCCACCCUUAAUACAUGCGAACACAUUUAAAGAAGAAGUAGAUUUAUUAAGAAUUGUCGAAGGAGUUAAACAAAGUCUGAACCUCUUGCAUACGAAAACAUUUAAGAAAUUACAUAUACAACUAGUAAACACUCCACUGCCUGCGUGCCGUAAAUUUAAAUUCCCCAGCGACGCGUAUUGGAGUUGCGUCGCGAUGUCAUAUACAACUACAAUUUUUCAUCCGGUUGGAACGUGUAAAAUGGGUCACAAGAAUGAUAAAACGUCUGUUGUCGAUCCUAGACUGAAAGUGAGGGGCAUUAAAAAUUUACGUGUUAUUGAUGCUUCCAUAAUGCCAAAGAUUCCCAGGGGUAAUACCAAUGCACCUACUAUAAUGAUAGGGGAAAAAGGUAGUGAUUAUAUUAAAGUACGGUGGCUUAAAGGGAAUGCCUUAACCGCAGAAGAAUUUCCAUAUGGUGGUUAGGGGAACUUGGAAAAACGUAUCGUUUUUACUUUCUUUUCACUGUCAUGCCAUUCGCAUACUCUGUUCACGUGAGGGUAUGUGCCAUUAUUUUUAUAAUAGUUU